GUACUUCUAGGUUAUAUACUUGCAUGUUGCAUGUAUAUGUUUUGUGCUUUUGUGCAUGAAAACAAUACUUUCCAAAAAUCAGCCAUAAACAGGAAAAGAAACGCACGUAGCAAGUUGAAAACUAAGUUCUAAAUUGUAUGAACACAAAAUGAGUAAAGAGAAGACUGGGGAUAACUGUAGACCAUUUAAAUUAUAAGUAUCCCAUUCAACUUUAGCCUUUUUACAUUCAGGUUUUACAAACAAUAAUUAUUCAAAUUUAUGUUCACAGCUCAUCAAAUUGUUAGUUUAACUGGGAUCAGCUUUGAAAGGAAAAGUAUAAUAGGAUUUGUGGAGCUAACAGUUGUACCUUUGAAAGAUAACUUACGUGUUAUAAAGCUCAAUGCUAAGCAAUGUAGGAUCUAUAGAAUUAUUCUCAAUGAUCACUAUGAAGCCCACUUCCAGUACUUUGACCCAUUUCUGGAUAUCUGCCAGACAGAUACAGACACGAGAAGUUUGGAUGUAUUUUCCAACCAUCACCUAAAUGCUGCACUAAAAGUUGACCCAGACAAUUGCGCUGGGGAGCUGGUGGUAACAAUACCUCCAGAGGCAGGACAUCUUGUAGCUGAGGGUACUGCAUUGAGAGUAGGAAUUGAAUUUUCAUUGGAGCAGCCACAAGGUGGCAUACAUUUUGUUGUGCCACCAAAAGAGGGCACUUAUGCAGAGAGAGGAGUGCAUAUGUUCACCUAUGGCCACCAAAAUUCCUCUCGCUUAUGGUUUCCUUGUGUGGACAGUUAUGCGGAACCAUGCACCUGGAAGCUGGAAUUCACAGUAGAUGAAGACAUGACUGCCGUUUCUAAUGGCGACCUCAUGGAAGUGGUCUACACACCGGAUAUGAGAAGGAAGACGUACCAUUACUUUUUGAAUAUACCGACUUGCGCGCCGAAUAUUUCACUCGCUGUAGGGCCGUUUGAAAUAUUCGUGGAUCCUUACAUGCACGAGGUCACACAUUUCUGUCUACCGAAUUUGUUGCCACUUCUGAAAGUUACAACGAGGUAUAUGCAUGAAGCUUUCGAAUUUUAUGAAGAAACUCUUUCAAACAGAUAUCCAUACUCGUGUUACAAGCAGGUAUUUGUUGAUGAAGCUUAUGAAGACUACCAGUCUUAUGCCACAAUGAGUAUUUUAAGUGUUAACCUGUUACAUUCAGCUGUGAUAAUAGACCAGGUAUACAUAUCAAGAAAAGCACAGGCCCUCGCCAUAGCUGAACAGUUCUUUGGUUGUUUCAUAUCUAUGCAAAAUUGGUCAGAUCUGUGGCUGAACAAAGGAAUUAGUCAGUAUCUAUGUGGUUUAUAUACCAAGAAAAUGUUUGGCAACAAUGAAUACAGAGAAAUGAUCCAAUGCCUCCUAUCAGAUGUUGUUAAAUAUGAAGAAGAAUUUGGUGGAAUAAUUUUAGAUCCUAGUCAGCCACCGGCCCCUCUUCCUGUAGGUGGGAACAUCCCUCAGACAACAACAAAAUCUGAAGAAAAAUUCUAUUUUUCAAUCCGAAACAUCCACACAAUGUCGCCAAGGUACAUCGAAACCUUGCAGAAGAAGGCAUUUUUGGUAAUGAGAAUGCUGGAGCACAGAAUCGGUCAAGAGUUGCUACUGCAAGUAUUCAAUAAACAACUAUCACUUGCCACAAAUGCUGCUCAGCAGAAAAUAGGUAGUGGAUUGUGGGGAAAUAUGUUGAUCAGUACUGAUGUUUUUACCAAAGCCAUUUUCACUGUGACUGGAAAAGACAUGGCUGUGUUCAUUGACCAAUGGGUGAGGACUGGCGGGCAUGCGAAAUUUCAUUUGGCAUCCGUCUUCAACAGGAAAAGGAACACUAUAGAAGUAGAGAUCCGUCAAGAUUGUACCAAUCAGCUAGGUAUUCGAAAAUACGUCGGACCACUUUUAGUUCAGCUGCAAGAGCUUGAUGGUACGUUCAAACACAACCUACAAAUUGAAAAUACAGUAGUUAAGGCCGACAUUACUUGCCAUUCCAAAAGCAGGAGGAACAAGAAGAAGAAGAUUCCUCUUUGCACAGGAGAAGAGGUUGAUAUGGAUCUUAGCGCUAUGGAUGAUUCUCCAGUAUUGUGGAUCCGGUUGGACCCAGAAAUGACACUUUUGAGGUCAGUAGUAAUAGAGCAACCAGAUUAUCAGUGGCAGUACCAGUUGCGACACGAACGAGACGUUACCGCUCAAGUGGACGCCAUUGAGGCUUUAGAGAGGUUCCCUACGCCAGCUACGCGACUGGCUCUUACAGAUACAAUUGAAAAUGAACAGUGCUAUCAUAAAGUGAGAUGUAGAGCUGCACAUUGCUUAACAAAGGUAGCAAAUGCAAUGGUUACAAACUGGGCUGGACCGCCUGCCAUGUUAGCAAUCUUUAGGAAGUUUUUUGGCUCCUUUGCUGCUCCACACAUCAUUCGUCAGAAUAGUUUCCAAAAUUUCCAACAUUAUUUUCUCCAAAAGACCAUACCAUUGGCAAUGGCUGGACUCCGAAAUGCACAUGGAAUAUGUCCUCAUGAGGUCAUACGGUUUCUUUUGGACCUGUUCAAGUACAAUGAUAACUCGAAAAACAGGAAUUCAGAUAACUACUAUAGAGCUGCAUUAGUGGAAGCCUUGGGAAACACCAUAACUCCCGUAGUAUCAGUUGUGGCUCAAGGUACUCCCAUAACAGCUGAAAGUCUUAGUACUGAUACAAAAAUGAUAUUGGAAGAGAUAACAAGACUACUAAAUUUGGAAAAGGCACUGCCCUGCUAUAAGUACACAGUGACAGUGGCAUGCUUGAGGGCUAUAAGAAAAUUACAAAAGUUUGGACACCUGCCUAGUAGAUCCAGCUUGUUCAAAAGCUAUGCUCAGUAUGGACAUUUCAUAGAUGUUCGGAUAGCAGCUCUGGAAUGCUUAGUGGACUUUGUCAGAUCAGAUGGUAAAUGGGAGGACUUGUCGCAUGUCUUGGACAUAUUGGAAAAUGAUCCAGACCCUGGAUUAAGGCAUAAUUUGGCUGGUUUGUUAAUCAGAAAUCCUCCAUUCAAAAGAGCGCACAGGGGUAGAUGCGAUGUUCCACAAUUGGUGGAGAGGAUAUGGAGUAACAUCAAUGGCAUGCUGUCCCAUGAUUCCCGAUUACGGUGUGAUUUUGUCGAUCUCUAUUAUACUCUCUAUGGAAACAAACGACCAUUCUGUAUACCUCUGUCCGAACUAUCUGGCAUCAUGAAUCUGAACAAGUUUGAUCCAUCGAGCAAAAAGGUUCCUAGGCUGGCUCCUGCUGCACCGAAGCAACAACAGCAGCAGCAACAGCCAGCACAACAACAACAACCACCAGCUCUAAUUUCGACUGCUACCUCUGGCAGUAACAGUGGCAACAUCGUCGAAAUCAAAAAGGAACCGGAAUCGUUACGGAUUACCCCGCCGAAGGAAACUAGUGCUGUACCACCACCGAUUAUUUUGGAUACGGUAGAGUGUGUCAACGAUGUCGAGAUCGUCGCUAGUGAGGUGAAAACAGAAGUCAAGGACGAAGUUAUGGAUAUAGAAGUCGGGAGCCCUGGCGUGAAGCAAGAAUAUUUCUCUGACAAUUCUGUCUCUUUGCCGGGCUUGGGCCAAGUUGGACCUGUAGGAUUUGAACCAGGAAUGUUCAAAAAAGAGGACGAGAGGCAGAAAACUGCUUCACCUGGAAAGGUGAAAAAGAAAAAGAAAGAUAAGAAAAAGCAUAAACACAAACAUCAUAAACACAAGCAUAGUAAGGAUAAAGAGAAGAAAGAUAAGGACAAGAAGGAGGAGGACCCAACCAAAGUCAAAAAGGAGGACACUUUGAGCUCUAUGAGUUCAACACCAAGUCCAAAUACCAUGUCUUUGGGUGGAGCAGAAACUAUUUAAAAUGGUCAUAAUGAUUCAUCUCUCCAUUCCAAUCAAAAAGGUUAAAAUUGACGGAUAAAGCUGCAUAUUGGCAUGAAGGACAAUAGGACAUUGUGCUCCAGCGAUUACUAUCAUUGACAAUAUUAUAUCUACACAGUGACGAGACAGUUUCAGUGAAUAUCUAGGCUAUAUUAGUUAUAUAUUUCUUGCACGAAGGUGUGUUCAUUUUUUGGGCCAAGUUAAGGAGUAUUAGUAUAUGUUUUUGUAUAUGAAGGGUGUACACUGUAUAAGUAGCAUUUUGUAUGUACGUAUCAUACCAAAUGUAAAAUUUCCACAUAAAUGGCUCUACUGAAUCUUGUUUCUGGCUUGAUCUGUCUCACUGCGACGCGUUAUUGUGCCAGAAACACAUUGUGUAAUCAUACUAGAUAAAAAUACCCCUGGGUUGCGAAAUAAUAUUGUAAAGUCUGGUUUUAUAAAUGCAAGUUGUCAUUGGGGUAUUUAAAACAUGAACGCAUAAAAUGGGUACACCAAUUUUGGUGGGAAAACCUUUUAUUCGACAACAAAGAAUGAGAAAACGUGUUUUUUUGGGAUUCAAUCGAAAGUGUUGGCAGAAACGAAAAAAUUCUUCAAAUAAAAUUUUUUGGUAUUUAUGAGACCUGCAGUAUUUCUAGACGGUCACAGAUGAGCCUUAAAGUUUAUAAAAAAAAAAAUUUCAUACUGAAAUGCGCUGAACUGUUUAUAAAGUUAGCA